UUGUAUCGCGGUCAAAGAAUAGAGGCCCCAAAACAAUACAUUGGUCUUGUCAUCGAUCUCAAAUUUUCUGUGAGUAAAUUUUGUGAGUAGAUUCAAAAAAAUAAGUUGUGCUCAGUUGAAAGAGCAUGUUCUAAUUAGUACAAUUCUUAAAGGAUUUUUUUUCUGGAAGCUUUCUCAAAAAUUAGUUCAAAAUUUUUAAAAUUCGAAAAAAACAGUGAAAAAUGGCUUGAAAGUCCAGAUAUACAGUAGUUUGGAGCUGUGUUUCUCUGUCAAUUCCGAUUUUAUCAGAGUUGCCAAUUAUUAGGUAUUUUUUCGAAUAAUUUCAGGUUUCCAAAAUGAGUUGAUAUUUAAAAAAUUUUGCAACCCGUGACUUCAAUAAAUUAACCCUCCUGAGAAACGUCUAGCAUUCAGUUUCUCACAAUUUAAACUCAAAACUGAUUGUAUGUCAUGAACCCUCGAAGUAUGAAAUUUUGCUCGAAUAUGCUCUUCCGCCGCUGAAUUUUUAUAUUUUGAUGAAGAUGGCUGAAACUAUUUAUGAAAAAUAUGAAAGCAAAAACUCGAUAACUAGUUGAAAAUUUUCACUUGUCGAGUUAGUAUUUUUGGUCCACUGUAAUUAUUGCUUCAAAAAAUAUGAAUUUCAUGGUAAUUUUAUGGAAUAUUUAGACAAACAAAACGGGAUAUUUUGCAAAAUUCCAAAAAAAAUUGAUCUAAAAAAAUCUAUUUUUGGAUCAUGAUGCUAAAGUGAAACCAAGAUCAGCAACAAUUCCAAAUCCUAUCGGCUCUGAAAAUUUGUCAUUUAAAUUUCGUUUCAAAUUUGCAAUUCAUCAGCUCGAAUUGCGACCUUCCAAUUUAUAUUUUAAUCAAAAAUUUUUACAGAAGAUGUUUUUUAACUUGGAAUUGAAGUUUUAUAUGAAAAUCAGGUUCUUGACCCAUUGAUUACAAUUCUGAAAUUCUUGUAAUUUAUUUCGAAAACAGUUUUUGCAUCAUUGUUGGGAGCAUACAUCAUUAAGUUGUUUCAAUUAUUUUCAAACUAGAUUUUUCUUGCAUAAAAAUUAGAAACGUCGUCGUUUUUAUCAUGCGACGCAUAAGUGCGCGAAGCUUGUCCACAUCUUUAAUGCGCUUCCGUUCGCCCUUCCGGUAUCUCCGAUUAAUCACACAACAAAUUUCUCUCCAUUUUACACCAAUCCCACUAAUUUUCUCUACACCUUUGCCUGUCUCAAUGAAUUUUAUAAAUGUGAGUUUUAGUGUCACCAAUACAUAUACAUUCCAUAAAAAUUCAAUAUCAGUCUUUUUUCUGUGCAUUGCAAAUGGGAGAGAGAGUUGAGUUGAUUGAAUACGGUUUGAGAGGGAGACAGUGUGAUAAUGAUUUAUCGUCAUCGAUAACAGCAAAAAAAAGACAAAUGUUUGAGAAGAGAACAUAAUUGAAUUUGAAUAGAACACAGACAUUGGGAAAGAAAAUAGUUUUUUUGAAUGCUCGCGGAGACACGAAAAAAUACUGGGGCAAAUAUAUAUUCAGCAACAUUUACCUCUACUUAUUCACUCACCGAUAACUGAUUCUUGUAGGUUUACAGAUUUUAUUUUUUCGGAAAUGCUCCUCCUUUUGUUAUCUUUUUAAUACCCUCUUAAAAAGUUGGCAACUAAAAAAUUGCUGUUCCUCAAUUAGAAAUCAUCUGCCACCCUUCGAAUGUCUCAAAUUUCCUAUUGUUAGUAUUUCUUCGCGCAUUAAAUAAUUAUCUUAUAAUAUACAUAUAAACAACAAAUCUUCCAUGAUUUCCCAAAACUAAAAUCUAACACCUUCCGGCUCUCACUAUUGUUUAUAUACAAAUUUGAUGUUAUCUGUCAGUAAACUUUGUUCGCACAUUUCCACGAGUUGUUCGCACUAUGUUUUAUUUUUGCACCCCCCUAAAACAAUCGAACAUUUUUUGUGUUGGGAAGAUUUUCAAGAUAACUCUAGUGUGAUUGUAAAACAAGACGAGGUUUUUCAUCAUUACAUUUUGUCUGUAUCACAUUUUAUCAGUUUGAGAAUUCUUAUUUUUCAAGUCAAGUGAGAGUAUUAUUCUCUAUCUUUCUAAAAACUAACAUUUUCUGAAAAGCGAAGAAAAUUUGGCGAAAUUUAAAAUGGUUUUGACGUUACCACUAAUGAAACCACGUAUGUUUUCAGAGCUGAAAAAUGUUUAACUUCCAGCAUUUCUAGACUACGAUAGGAGAGAGAUUUAGAGAAAAAUAUAUUUGAUCUACUAGAAAAAUUUAGAGAUUAGGCAGUUCAUUUUGGUAUUGACAUCACGUAGGUUUUAGAGAAUUUUCGAGCUGAAAGGGAUUUUACACAUCGUGUAAACAAUUUCCAGCAUUUUUUUAAAAAUCUAUUUUUGAUCUAUCUGAAAUAUUUCUAAACAAUUUCAAAAGUUCACACAUUGCCACGAGCGAGAAAAUGUGUUUGUUUAUGGUGUUUAUGUUGUUCACACCAAAAUCUGUGAAAAAUCACACCUAGUUCGCACAAUUUCUCUCACCAAACGUGUUAUUGUCAGCUCGUGUCAAUAUCCGUAUGUGCUAAAAUAUUUGCAAAAAUCAUGCAAAAAUGUUUACAAAUACAUAUUAUAUAACAAAUAAUAACAAAUGAUAACCAUGACUGACAGCUCCAUUUGGGUUAGGUGCGCAAUGCAUUAAUGAUAAGAUACUACUGUAGGUUUUGAUUUGCUCAUUAUUCGUUCUUCUUCUUCUUUAUUUUUUCAUUUAUUUAUUUUUUUGAAACUUCUUUAGGUAAUUAUCGAGGUCAAUUAUUUAUAUGGGCGGUUUAUAGUUUUGAAAUUGUGUAACACCGAUACAUAAUUAGCUCGUUAUUGAUGUUUUACGACUUAAUCGUAAAGGAUUAAUCGUAUUUUCUACCUACCUUUUUUUGUCGAUUGACUGUUGAGUUUCUGAUAGUUGGAAUUUGAAAUUUCGAAAUUGUUUUGUGGAACUGGAAUAUAAUUUGUGAAAUCAAGAUGGGCCUAUUUUUUUUCUAAAAACCCAUCAAAUAAUUUUCAGAGAAUUCCAGAAUCUUUUUUUUGCUGAAACAAAACCAGUUUUUAAUAUUUUCGUUUCUAAAAAUCUCUGCCAGAAAAUAUCCUACAAUAUUUUUCCCCCGCAACUCUCUCCUUGUUACAGAAAUAUCUUUAUCUUGAUUUUUGAUCUAUCCUGCAAUUAAAAAUCUAUUUUUUCACCCGCAAAACGUUCAAAAAACAUCCGGAAACUAAACAUAUUAAUAGAAUUAAACUACUAAUCUUUAAUUUUUAAACACUUUUUUUGUAGACAGAUUUAUUUCCCAUAAAUAAUUAACGAGAUUUUUUUCAUAUUUCAUAUUCUGCUGUUUCAAAUCAAAUCAAAUUCUCAUAUUAGUUAGUUAGUUCCAAAUUUUUCUCAACCUCAUUUUCAAAAUUUUCCUAAUUCGAUCUGACAUUUUAUUCAGGGAAGGCAACACAAAAAACAGUUUCACACAUUUUCUUCUUUCUCACCUCUUCAUUCUGACUAUUGGUUUGCUCCGCCCACAUUUUUCUAUUCUCGUUUGCUGUCAACACCUUUUUUAUUGUUACCACAAUUUUCACAGUCAUUCAUAGUAACUCGAUACAGUUCAUCAUCUCAUGAUCUGAUAGAUCUACUAAUUUUUUUCAUAAAAAUAAUUUCAUAUGGCAAGCCAUUUGUAUACAUUUUCUGUUCCACAUUUCAUUUUGUACCGUACAUUUUGUGUCAUUAUCAUGAUUGAUAUUAUUGGGCGUGUGCUUUUAAGCUUGUCUUUCUCUCAAUAUUUCACUCAAUGUUAUUUUAUCGAGGCGCUAAUAAACCGAUUAAGUGUCCAAAAUUUGACAAAUGAUUAGUGUGCAUUUUUGGCUGGUGCUAUGCUAUUCAGUCGGCUCGACAAUACAUAAACUUCUUAUGUUUUCGUAUUAGGAAAUAAGUUGCAUGUGUUUACCGCUUAAUCCGUAUUAUAUGUUAUUAACCUUUUUAGCCUAUUACAUCGAGUCUCUCUCUCUCUUUUUUCAUUGCUCAUAUUAAGUAGGAGUAUUAAAAUUAUAAUCUUUAAGGGGUGAAGGUUCCUGUUUUGAGGUAGAAAUUCCGAGAUUCCGGGAAAAUAUGAUUCAGAAUUUUUAAAACUUGGUUAGAAAUUUGAGUUUUUCUGCUCCCUCGUUUGAUUGUGACUUUUUAUUAGCCCAAAAUUUUUUGAAUUUUAGGAGAAGAUCAAAAAUGAUUUUCUGUGAAUCUCGUUGAAUUUCGUAGAUUUUAGUUUCAUCUAAAAAUUUAUGCCAAGUUUUUUGAAGAGGGCUUCAGGCUGCGCCUAUUCAGGCUUGGGUUGUUUUUUGAAAAAUUUGAAAGACUGUGCUGACCAAAAAUUGGUUCCUAAAUUCCGGCUCAAGUUCUGAAAAAAAAAAAAGAUUUUUCAAGAUUUUUCUAAAAACUACUCUUCUCUUUGUGUUUUUGAAAUUCUGAGAUUAAUUUUUUUUAAACUGAAUUUUUGGCCCAAGUUCUCUAAUAUUCAAAUUAUAAAUUUUACAGCUGAAAAAAAAACAUCAAGUUUGUUAUUAGACCCCGUGAUAUAUUCAAAAGUUGUUUUCCCAAUUCCAAUCCUCCCUACAAUUUCCAUAAUUUUUCAGGUAUGACAACAUACGGUGCUUUCACAGCUUACGCGAUUCCUUCAACAGCAAAUCCAGCUCAGUUUACAUAUCCGCAAAUGGCAAUGUUUGGUAAUUCCCAAUACAGUGCAGGUGAGCCCAUAAUUAUUAUGUCCCGUGUGUUUUUCAAACUCACAUGGGAAACCAAAAAAGAUACUCAUUAUAUGAGGAUUAAAAACAGCCAUCCUUUCCCUCCUCCUCCUACCUUCUAUGUAGUUCUCCUCAUCGCCCUAAAAUAUCCACCACCCACCAAAGCGCUCUCAUUUUUUUCAUUAUUUUGAAAAUCUUCCCUUUUCCCUCUUUUUUUACAGUAUACUCUUGUCCUCGAACUAUAUUAUAAUCGCAUUUGAAUUUACAUAUUCUGCGGUUGGAGAGACGAAAAAAAUGAGAGUGUGUUGUAGAAGUUAGUAAAACUACCAGGGAUAGAUAGAAAAAAAUCAAUUUUAUUUUCACUACAACCAAAUAUGGUUUGGUUUGAUAUUUCAGCAAUGAUUCCACGAAAAAAUCGAAGAGAAAGAACCACUUAUAGUCGACAACAGUUGGAGAUUUUGGAGAAUUUGUUCGCUGAAACACAGUAUCCUGAUGUUUUUGCUAGAGAACGGGUUGCUGGACAGAUUAAUUUGCAAGAAAGUCGAAUUCAGGUUUGGUUCAAGAAUCGACGAGCAAAGUUUCGACAACAGGAGAAACAAAAACCAAGAUCGGAUAAGAAAAGUGAGUUUUAUUUUUAAUUUUUGGAAACAUUAGAUCAGAAUUUUUAAUCCAAAGAAAAAAGUAGAUCUUAAAAUAUAACGAAAAACGUUUCAGAUUCAAUGAUCAGUGCAGGAACACCACCAGCAAAUCUGAAAACGAAUAGUAUUUCACCACUCUAUCAACCACAAAUAAGCAGCGAACCGGAGAGUUGGUAAGUGAAUAGUUUUAUUAUCAACUUGACAAACAAUCGGAUUAAAUUGUCUAAUCAAUAUUGUAUUUUUAGUGACACGAAGGUGAUGCCAAUGAGAACACCAAAAAGUAUUUCACCAGUUGAGACGCCGGCGAGUGGCGAGAGUUCAACGACUACUUCUACUGCUGAUAAUUCUUGGACUAAUGAAUCUAUUGUGAGUUUGAAUGGGGUAAAGGAUUUAGAAAACUAUAGAUAUUUUGGAAAAUUUGUUAGUUUCAAUAGAUUUGUGUUGAAUUUCUGGAUAAUUAUGAAAAAUGUUUUUUCAUAAACAUUUUUAGAUACAGUUUGAAAAUAGGUUCCUUGAAUUUAUUUUUCAGGUUUCAAAAAUUAGUUUACGUAUUCAUUUUUUUCAAUCUUGAAAUUUCAUAACAACAUUUUUUAAACCUGGUAUUUUCUCUUCAAAACUCAGAUUCUUAAAUUUAAUUUUAACAAUUAAAACCAAAAAUUGAAUUUUCUCACAAAAUUUCUGGUUCGAAAAUAUUCAGUCUCUAUUUUCUAUCAAAAAUUUUUGAUUCUCUAACAAGAGUUCAAAAUGAUUCAGCUAAAUUUAAUCCAAUUAACAAUAUGAUGACUAAAGUGAAGUUAUCAAAAAUCGGAUAUGCGUUGUAUCUUUAAAAUAUAAAAGCGCAAAGAUUUUGUUCAGAAUUCUUAUUGAAGAUUGGCUUCAAAAUUGUUUUUUUCAAUUUCAUUCAUUUAAAAUUGAUAUUUCAAAUUUCAAAUCAAAUCGGUUUUCAAUUUUAAUUCAAGAAAUUCAUGAUCAUUUUUUUCCAGCAAGCAAACUCGACAUCAACAUCAACCGCAGUUCCAUCAACAACAAAUCCAUCAUUAACCGUAUCAAUCGCAAAUCCAACAGUUUACAAUUCCUAUCCAAUUUAUCCAGGUUGUUAUACAUUUGACUAUACUUAUGCAAACGCCCAAUAUAAUUCAUAUGCAGCAAAUCCAUAUUCAGCUAACCCAUAUUUUUUCCAAAAUGGAACUCUAUAG